CAGAUUAGGCUACUUCGACAAAAGAAAUAAUCUAACCAGUUCUUUUAUAAGAAUCUAUGGAAGAAGAAGCAAUGAAGUUGUAUACCGACCUCGUAGUAGAAAACAUGUAAUUUAAAUACGGUGCAAAACCCAGUGGAAUAAGAAGGACCUAUGAAAGAUUUAUUGGUAACCUCGAAUUUGGUAUAUAGGGUUACUUUAAAAUAAAAAAACAACCCCGUAAUGCAAACGAAUGGGCUACAGCUUAUGUGUUCAAUUCUAAUGAAGAACCUUUAGACGGCCAAUAAUUUGGUGACAGAACUUUAGCUUUAUCAAUUAAAGGAAACUAAUUACAUUUCACUACAUAUGAUUUAUAGACUAAAAAUAUUAAUUUGAGUACUGAUAUUUACUUUGAUGAAGAUGAUUACAAUAGAUGGGCAUUCAUUUACUUUGGUUAUUCCGGUUGUCUUGGAAAUGCCUUUGUUUAUGUAUAAUUCGAAAAUAAAAAACCUUAGACUUACAAAUUUAUUGAUGUAGUUCAUGAUGAUUCUAUUUUCUAUACUCUUUUUGUCGGUUAAUCCUUCAAAUAUUAAAACUUUCCUGGUAAAAUUAGUUGUUUAACUUUACUUGCUGGUCCUCAAGCUUAUAGAGAAAAGGACUUUGAUGUAAGUUCUUGUAAAAUUAAAGAUCCAGUUUCAGGAAGUACUUAAACUAAAACUGAUACUGAUACUCAUACUGAUACUCAUACUGAUACUCAUACUGAUACUAAUACUGAUACUGAUACAAUGACAUAAAGAGAAGAAGUUUGCUAAUAAUUAGUAGAUGAAGCCAAAUUCAAUUAUGAUAAGAAACCUAGAGGAUUAAGAUAUAAAUCAAUUAAUAAAUUUAAUAAAGAAUAGGAAUUCUCAUUUUAAGGUUGGUUUAAAUUAUUGAAUGAAUAUAAUAGAAAAUUAGUUGCAACUGCAGUCCAAAUUAAUAGCAAUGAAAAACCUAGAGAUGCUGAAAAUCAUGGAGAUAGAGUAUUGGCAUUUUAAGUAUUGAAAAACAAAUUAAUUUUCUCUACUUAUGAUUUAAAUUCUAAUAAUAUCAAUAUGUCAUAAGAAGUAGUUUUUACAGAAAAUGAAGUUAAUAAAUGGUUUUUAGUAUAUUAGGCUUAUUCACCAAUGGAAAGAAAAAUGUUUGUACAUGUAUAAUUUGUUGGUGAACCUGCUAAAGAACUUGCAUGGAAUAAUGUUAGACAUUAGGAUUCUAAAGUUUAUAGAAUUUAUGUAGGUUAAUCUUUCUCAAGCAAAAACUUCCCUGGUAGAAUUAACUCUUUGACAUUUUAUGCUGGAGUUAAUGCUUAUUAGGAAUUCCCAAAAGAUAAAGAUUGUGAUGAAGAUUCUUUCACUGUUCCAACAACAGAAACAGGAACUACAAUAUCAGGAAAUACUGCUACAGAUACAAUAAUACCAGAACCACCAAAAACACCCACAGAACCCACUAAACCUACAAAAAAACCAACAGAACCUACU